AUGUCCGCCUUCGCCCUGGAGGAAACGCUGGAGGCUGACUGGGUAGCCGUGAGGCCUCACGCCUUCCAGGAGCGGGAGAAGCACAAAUUCGUCUUCAUUGUGGCCUGGAACGAGAUCGAGUGCAAGUUUGCCAUCACCUGCCACAACCGCACGGCGCAGCUCCAGCGCAGCGGCUCCCGCGUGCUCUACCGUGGGAGCUCUUCCGGCCCUGAGGCCAGAGCCGCCCCUAAGGCUGGCAUUCCCACGGUGAGCAGGGGCACGGACUCCGGCCUGGUGCGUGGCUCCGAGCAGGACGCGGCGGCCGAGGCGCUGCUGAAGAGCCCGUUGCGCGCCAAGAGCAGCCCGGCCCAGAGGCUACUGCGGGGCCCGGAGGUGGCAGGUGCCGCCGAAGAGGUAGAAGCGCUGGAGCUGGGAAAGAGGAAGGAGGAAGUGGAGGCGGCGGCAGCAGCAGCCUCGUCGUUGCUGCCGCCCUCGCUGCUGCAGGCAGCCGAGUCGGUCGCUCCCGACGCGGAGCCUGUGGGGGAGGAGUGCAGCUGGGCCGGCCUCUUCUCCUUCCAGGACUUGCGGGCUGUGCACCAGCAGCUGUGCUCCGUGAACUCGGAACUGGAACCUUACCUGCCUGCCUUCCCCGAGGAGCCCUCGGGCAUGUGGGUGGUGCUAUUCGGAGCCCCGAAGCUUUCGGAGCAGGAGAUGGAGGAUCUCUGCUACAAACUGCAAGUUUACUUGCUUCACAGCUUGGAUACCUGUGGCUGGAAGAUUCUUUCACAGGUACUUUUCACUGAGACUGGCGACCCAGAAGAGUAUUAUGAGAGCCUGAGUGAGCUGCGACAAAAGGGGUACGAGGAGGUGCUGCAGCAGGCCCGCAGGCGAAUUCAGGAGAUCUCGGUAGAGAAUGACUACCUAGGCCCCAGAAGAAUUGAGAGUCUACAAAAAGAAGAUGCUGAUUGGCAGAGAAAAGCCCACAUGGCUGUGCUUUCUAUUCAAGAUCUUACAGUUAAAUACUUUGAAAUAACAGCUAAAGCACAGAAAGCUGUGUACGAUCGAAUGCGAGCAGACCAGAAAAAAAUUGGUAAGGCAGCAUGGGCAGCAGCAGUGGAACGUAUGGAAAAGCUUCAGUAUGCAGUUUCUAAGGAGACUUUGCAGUUGAUGCGUGCUAAAGAAAUCUGUUUGGAGCAGAAGAAACAUGCACUGAAGGAGGAGAGGGCAAGAUCCGCAGGCCGAUGCUCUCUGCCUGACCGGGACGAGACCCUGCUGCAGUACCUGGACCUGCCUGGAACGCCAGCCUCGCUGUCCGGAGGAGCCGAGAGGGAAGGGGGGGCUGCCCCGCGACCGCUCUAA